UUCUAUUUGUGCUGGCAUAUAAAUGUGCAACUCUGCGACAAUUCUGAUUGGAGGCUUCUGUGCCAGCUCAGCUGUGCUCAGACUCAUGGGGGUCAAGAAGAAGGCCGUAUGGGGCCUGCUGCUCGUGCUGCUCCUCGGCCAGAUCAUCUCCUUCUCCGUUGCGGCCUCAAGCUUCGCCUCCUCCCUCAUUGCUAAUCUUGGAGUUAAUGCACCACUCACACAGUUGCUCUUCGCGUACCUGUUGCUGACCAUAGUUUAUGUACCAAUCAUCUUACAUCGAAGGGAGAAGUUGCAAAUAGCUUGGUAUUGGUAUCUGGCCCUGGCCUUCAUUGAUGUACAGGGAAACUAUCUUGUUGUGAAGGCAUACCAGUACUCAUACAUUACCAGUGUAACCUUUCUGGAUUGUUUCACUGUUGUAUGGGUCAUCAUACUUACGUGGUACGUCCUGGCCACAAGGUAUUCUUUGUGGCAGUUUGUGGGGGCAGGGGCAUGUGUCGCUGGGCUUGCCCUUGCGCUCCUUUCAGAUGCAAAAUCUCCAGAUGAGCAAGAUCCCGGUAAAAUACCACUUCUGGGGGAUGCCCUUGUUAUUGCCGGGACAGUUUGCUAUGCAUUUAACAAUGUCGGACAGGAAUACUGUGUCAAGAACAAAGAUCGAGUUGAAAUUGUUGCGAUGCUUGGACUCUUUGGGUCGCUAGUCAGUGUAGUUCAGAUAUUUCUAUUUGAAAGGAAGAGCAUAGAAGCCAUUACUUGGUCAUCAACGAUGAUAAGUCUAUUUGCAGGAUUUGCAGGGGCAAAUUUUACUUUCUGCUCAGUUACUCCUUUUGUUCUUAAAAUGAGCGGAGCAACAUUGUUCAACCUUUCACUAUUAACAUCUGACAUGUGGGCAGUUGCUAUUCAAAUUUUAUUCUACCAUCAGCAGAUAAAUUGGCUAUACUAUAUAGCAUUCAUAGUUGUGACCAUUGGAUUGAUCAUCUACUCAUUGAAUGAGAGUUCUUCAUAUGACAAUCAAGCGAGUAUAGAAGCAGCAGCACAGUAUCAGCAACUUCAAGAUGAGGAUAAUUUAACAGAAAAUGGUUCUAAUUCAGGAAGACAAGAAAGGACACAUAAUGAUGAAAUUGGCAUCUGUUGAGGGAUCGGUGACACCUCCUUGAUAACAGAUAUCUUCAUCCCAAAUCAAAUAUGGCAACAUAAAUCUGCAGAGUAUAAUGCUGCUCGAUUCAUGUAUAGGCAAAGCUGUUAUUAUCUCAAGCAACCAAGGCAAUUUGGAUGCAGAAGUAAAUCGAUUUUUCUAUUAUUUUUUCUUAUACUCAAAGUUCGUUCCUGUACCAUUAUUGUCUCAAGCAGAAUAUUUCUCAACUAAAUUACAAUAUGCAUUAGACACCAAACUUCUCGCAAUGCAAGGGUAGAGUGAUGAACUCCGGGGGUCAAUGAAACCCCUGUUAACUGGCCUGGGUUCAGCUAAUGUACUCUUCUUUAAGAUAAAAUCAGAGGGACGUCUGUCCUUCUUGUCGUUUUUUUACGAUAUUCAUUGGAUAAAACGUGCUUUCCGAUUAAGAACUUAAGAACCUGUCACAGCUUUUGGACUAAAGACAGUGGAAUAGCAAUAAAUUGAGAAAAAGAGCCAAAUGGUAAAACAAUUAGUUUAUUUCAGCGACUGUGACUGAAAUGCAGUUAUCAAUUACUGGAGCCCAUACAUUUGUGCUAAACUGUAAACCUAAAAGGAAAGAGAAUCAAAUGGUCUUCUACCAAUAAAUAUAUACACAAAGAGCGUAUCAGAAAAAAGUGGAACCUAUAAUAUGAAGUGAAGGGGCAAAAG